UUUAAAAUGCAGUGAAAGAUGCAUUCCUGGAUGCCAGUGUCCUAAAGGAUCUUACUUGGACGAUAAGAAUCAUUGUGUACCUAUGAAGAAAUGUCCAUGUUUCUUUGAAGGAAUUUAUUACAAGGCGGGUGAAAGUGUCAAAGUUGGACGUUGUAAAACCUGUACGUGUAAUAAGGGUGCUAUGACUUGUGUCGACGACCGAAAAUGCUCAUCAAAAAGUCCUUGUGAAUCUUUCCCCUGCAAAAAUGAAGGUGGUUGUCUUGAGGAAGGAGAUACGUUUACUUGUAUUUGUAUUAACGGAUAUCGAGGAAAAACUUGUGAAGAGUUAAUACCAACACCUUGCGACAAACGUCCUUGUAAAAACAACGGUACUUGUACAAACAAUGGAGAAAAAUUCUCUUGUGAAUGUGCUUCUGGUUUUAAAGGCGAAACUUGUGAAGUUGGAGUUUGUGAUCAUUCUUCUUGCAAGAAUGGUGGCUCGUGUGUUGCUGAUGGUAGUUCAUACAAAUGUACAUGCCCUCCAGACUUUAUUGGUGUUCACUGUGAAACAAAGGUUCCAAAUCCUUGUGAGCCAAAUCCAUGUAAAAAUGGUGGACAAUGCAACAUUUUGGGUAACAGCUACACAUGUAAAUGCAAGCCUGCUUUUGGCGGCAACAACUGCGAACAUUCACAAUCAACAUGCAUUGCAUCUGGUGAUCCUCAUUACACUUCAUUUGAUGGCAAAAGAUUUGAUUUUAUGGGAGAUUGUGAAUACGACUUUGCUAAAGAUUGCAGCAAAAAACCACUUUUUACAGUUCGCACAAAAAAUACGCGAUGUGGAGGGUUUGUCACUUGUACAGCGGCUGUUAAGAUCUAUAUAGCUGGUUACUUCAUUCAGUUCACGCGUCAGAGUCGUUCCGCAGUUGUAAACGGAGUUAGGCUUUCACAAUUUCCAAUAGUUCGUCGUGGAUUUAAAAUAACCAAUCCCAGUGGGAGAUGGCUGGUUUUUACUGCUGAUAUCGGAAUGUCAACGAGUUGGGACAGUAGAACUUACGUCAAAGUCACCGUUUCUGGAAAAUACAAGGGAAAGAUUUGCAGCACAUCUCUAUGUGGCAAUAACAAUGGUCGUCGAGAUGAUGACAAUCAAUACAGUACAAAAUGUUCCCUGCCACCUCAAACAUGUUUCCCUGAUUCCAAGAAGAAAGCUGUAAUAGAUAAGUGCCACUUGAUGUCCGAUACUUCAUCUCCAUUCCACAAAGCUUGCAACCGUUAUGUUGAUCCAGCCGCCUUGAUCAGUAACUGUAAAUAUGACGCAUGUCGCUGCACAGAUCCAACGAAAUGUGUUUGUAACGCUUUUGCCGCUUACAGUAAACUUUGUGUUGAAUAUGGCGGUGUAAUUGACUGGAGAUUCAAAGGAACUUAUUUAUAUCCAAAACUCAAAGAAUGUGAAAAAACAUGCAGUAACAAAGGAGAAAUUUUCACAGAAUGCGGAUCUGCUUGUGCAAAAACAUGUCGUGAUAUAUCACGUGGUUUAAAAUGCAGUGAAAGAUGCAUUCCUGGAUGCCAGUGUCCUAAAGGAUCUUACUUGGACGAUAAGAAUCAUUGUGUACCUAUGAAGAAAUGUCCAUGUUUCUUUGAAGGAAUUUAUUACAAGGCGGGUGAAAGUGUCAAAGUUGGACGUUGUAAAACCUGUACGUGUAAUAAGGGUGCUAUGACUUGUGUCGACGACCGAAAAUGCUCAUCAAAAAGUCCUUGUGAAUCUUUCCCGUGCAAAAAUGAAGGUGGUUGUCUUGAGGAAGGAGAUACGUUUACUUGUAUUUGUAUUAACGGAUAUCGAGGAAAAACUUGUGAAGAGUUAAUACCAACACCUUGCGACAAACGUCCUUGUAAAAACAACGGUACUUGUACAAACAAUGGAGAUAAAUUCUCGUGUGAAUGUGCUUCUGGUUUUAAAGGCGAAACUUGUGAAGUUGGAGUUUGUGAUCAUUCUUCUUGCAAGAAUGGUGGCUCGUGUGUUGCUGAUGGUAGUUCAUACAAAUGUACAUGCCCUCCAGACUUUAUUGGUGUUCACUGUGAAACAAAGGUUCCAAAUCCUUGUGAGCCAAAUCCAUGUAAAAAUGGUGGACAAUGCAACAUUUUGGGUAACAGCUACACAUGUAAAUGCAAGCCUGCUUUUGGCGGAAACAACUGCGAACAUUCACAAUCAACAUGCAUUGCAUCUGGUGAUCCUCAUUACACUUCAUUUGAUGGCAAAAGAUUUGAUUUUAUGGGAGAUUGUGAAUACGACUUUGCCAAAGAUUGCAGCAAAAAAUCACUUUUUACAGUUCGCACUAAAAAUACGCGUUGUGGGAGGCGUGUCACUUGUACAGCGGCUGUUAAGAUCUAUAUAGCUGGUUACUUCAUUCAGUUCACACGUCAGAGUCGUUCCGCAGUUGUAAACGGAGUUAGACUUUCACAAUUUCCAAUAGUUCGCCGUGGAUUUAAAAUCACCAAUCCCAGUGGGAGUUGGCUGGUUUUUACUGCUGAUAUCGGAAUGUCAACGAGUUGGGACAGUAGAUAUUACGUCAAAGUCACCGUUUCUGGAAAAUACAAGGGAAAGGUUUGCAGCACAUCUCUAUGUGGCAAUAACAAUGGUCGUCGAGAUGAUGACAAUCAAUACAGUACAAAAUGUUCCCUGCCACCUCAAACAUGUUUCCCUGAUUCCAAGAAGAAGGCUGUAAUAGAUAAAUGCCACUUGAUGUCCGAUACUUCAUCUCCAUUCCACAAAGCAUGCAACCGUUAUGUUGAUCCAGCCGCCUUGAUCAGUAACUGUAAAUAUGACGCAUGUCGCUGCACAGAUCCAACGAAAUGUGUUUGUAACGCUUUUGCUGCUUACAGUAAACUUUGUGUUGAAUAUGGCGGUGUAAUUGACUGGAGAUUCAAAGGAACUUACUUAUAUCCAAAACUCAAAGAAUGUGAGGAAACAUGCAGUAACAAAGGAGAAAUUUUCACAGAAUGCGGAUCUGCUUGUGCAAAAACAUGUCGUGAUAUAUCACGUGGUUUAAAAUGCAGUGAAAGAUGCAUUCCUGGAUGUCAGUGUCCUAAAGGAUCUUACUUGGACGAUAAGAAUCAUUGUGUACCUAUGAAGAAAUGUCCAUGUUUCUUUGAAGGAAUUUAUUACAAGGCGGGUGAAAGUGUCAAAGUUGGACGUUGUAAAACCUGUACGUGUAAUAAGGGUGCUAUGACUUGUGUCGACGACCGAAAAUGCUCAUCAAAAAGUCCUUGUGAAUCUUUCCCGUGCAAAAAUGAAGGUGGUUGUCUUGAGGAAGGAGAUACGUUUACUUGUUUUUGUAUUAACGGAUAUCAAGGAAAAACUUGUGAAGAGUUACCACCGUCAUCUUGCGACUCACGUCCUUGUAAAAACAAUGGUAUUUGUACAAGUAAUGGAGAUGCAUUCUCGUGUGAAUGUGCUGUUGGCUUUGAAGGCAACACUUGCGAAGUUCCUAACGCUUGUGCCAGCGAACCUUGUAAAAAUGAAGGUGUUUGUACAACUGUUGGAUCUUCUUAUAACUGUAAAUGCAAAUAUGGUUUCACUGGAAAGAACUGCCAGAAGUUAAUACCAAAACCGUGCGACAAACGUCCUUGUAAAAACAACGGUGUUUGUACAAACAAUGGAGAUAAGUUCUCUUGUAAAUGUGCUUCUGGUUUUAAAGGCGAAACUUGUGAAGCCCUUGUCCAACCAGUCUGCGUGAACGCAAAUUGGGGGAUAUCUUUCGAAAAAGAAGGAUGGUCGAACUGUGGUCCCCAAAACAAGUUUAUCACUGGCUUUUAUCGUAACAGCGUAAUUAAGGAUGAUGGACUCGACCGUCUUGAACAAGCAAAAUGCUGCCCGUUAAGUCCAAAAUAUUUCGCCCAAAACAUUAUUUGUAAAAACGCUAACUGGGAGAGAACUUUCAACAUACGAGGAACAUGGAAUAUUUGUCCAAAAGGGUAUUUUCUAUAUGGUCUGUAUCGUUCGAAUGGCAAUCACUUAUCAAACAUCGAAAGAGGAAGGUGUUGCAAACCAAUUAAUUAUCCCGAAAAGUAUGGUGGCUGUAGCCAUGAAAAAAUUGAUUUCAAAAAGAAAGGAUGGACAAUGUGCAAAAAAGAUGGCUACUACAUUGCUGGGUUAAGACGAGAUUAUAAAGGGAAUUGGCUUCAUAAUAUUGAUUACUUGAGAUGCUGUAAAAUGUGAACUGAUUGAAGCUCUAUGGCACCCACUUGACACGUUAUAAUAGGUUAUGGUUUCAGAAAAGAAAAAUAUUUGUUGUAGUCACAAAGUGUAUUUUACUUAAUUACUUAGCUUACUGUUCAAUAAAACUUUGCAUUAAAAAGA